AUGGGUAGAUACAUUAGCAGCAACGAAGCUAUUUGGCAUAUUCAUAGCUUUCCCAUACACGAAAGAGACCCUUCUGUCCAGCAUCUAGCAAUACAUCUUGAAAACGGUCAACGUGUAUACUUCACUGAAGAAAAUGUUCUCCAAAGAGCGCUUGAGGCUCCAAAAACGACACUAACUGAAUUUUUUACAUUGUGUGAAAAAUCUGAUAUUUUUGGCCAAUUCGCAAAGACAUUGAUAUAUAGUGAUGUUCCACGUUAUUUCACAUGGAACAAAUCCGGUAAAAAAUGGGAGCCACGAAAAGAAGUUAAACCACAUCCUUCCAUUACAGGCAUAUUCAAAGCUAAGACAUUGGGGCGGCUUUACACGGUACAUCUGAAGCAACGUGAGUGCUUCUAUUUACGUUUGUUAUUGGUGAAUUUUCCCGGACCAACAUCUUUUGAAUUUUUGCGAAUAGUUAAUGGCCGAGCAUUCAAUACAUACCAAGAUGCAUGUCUUGAACUGCAUUUGCUAGAAGACGAUAACCAUUGGGACUUAACGCUUGCUGAUGCUGCGUUAACAUCAACGCCCAAUAACAUUCGUCAGCUGUUUGCAAUUAUUUUGACGACAUGUUAUCCAUCGCAAGCACAAACUUUGUGGGAAAAAUAUAAAAAUUGUAUGACAGAAGAUAUAUUGCACCGAAUUAGACAAACAGAUCAAUGCCAAAACAUUGAUUAUACGCCAGAGAUGUAUAAUGAAGCGUUAGUGCUGAUCGAGGAUUUAUGUGUUUUAAUUUCAAAUUUACCACUUAAUCAUUAUGGUAUGCCAUCACCUGAUUGCCCAGCCACCGACUCAGUCAACACCGAUUUACAACGAGAAAAACAAUAUGACCAUGGUAUUUUAGCAACAAUUAUCGUGAACAGUGAGCCAUUACUGACAGCAGAACAAAAAAUUAUUUAUGAUCGGAUUAUGCUGACUGUUGCUGCUGAGCAAGGCGGUUUUUUUUUUCUUGGACGCACCAGGUGGAACCGAUAA